AUGAUCGAAGAAGAAUACAGACCUGAAGAUAAAGCUUCAAUAAAAAAGAAAUAUAAAGUAUUUCAAACUCUUGCUUCAAUGAUAAGACAAAGAGGGUACUUUGAAGCCAACCCUCCUAUUCUUAUUGAAGAUGAACCUUUCGAGUUGUUUGAAGCAAAAUAUCGAACAGAUGUGUUACCUUAGAGAGUAGUUUGCUUUAAAAAAGAGGACGAGACAGACAAAAUGGUUAUCUAAUUUUACACUAAAUAAACAGCUCUAAAUUACGAUGAUGCAAAAAAAUAUAUUAGUGAGCUUUCUAAUCGAUAAGUCAAGAGACUCAUAAUGGUAUUUCCGACUGACCCAUUUGCGACUAAACCAUAAGUGGUGGAAAAAAAGGCAAGGUUUUUUAUAGAUUAAGUCAAUUCCAUCUAAACCUACUCGUUUGAAUUGUUUGGAGAAGACGAUUUAGUCUACGAUGUCACUAAGCACGAAUUAGUACCUCAACAUAUCAUUUUAAAUGAUAAAGAGAAAGAGUUAUUAUUGAAGAAGUAUGGGAUGGUGGAUAAUCAAUUGCCAAGGAUAUUACAAAGUGAUCCAAUAGCAAGAUUUUUGGGACUUCAUCAUGGAGAUGUGGUAAAAAUCAUAAGAAAAAGUGAAACUGCAGGAUUAUAUGUUACUUACAGAAUAGCCAUAUGAUUUGAAUAUAUAAUUAACUAA